CGCCAAGCUUAUUUCUCUCAGCUCUUAGGUUUUCUGUGACAGCGAAGAGAGAAAGUCAGCACAGUCCACCGAAAGUUAGGCUUACAUAUGUCACAGUUGCAUCAUUUUACACCCAAUGGAAGACUCUAAAUUACCAGUUGGAGAGAUGAUACAGUCAAUCGACAACGCAGACGACAAUAACAGAGUUCCAGUUACUAUCAUGGCGACUCCUGACAGUGUUUUCCGUGCGCCUAGCGACAUAGGAUCAACAACUCCACAUGCAAUUCCGGACCAUCAAGACUCCAGGUCGCCAACGGUAGAGGAAAAGCUGUCGGCUGAUGGUGUAGUCAACGGCAACACCGCAACUCUCGACGAGGUGACCAGUGAUUCCUCUGGCCUUGAGGGAAUAGAACCGCCAACUCUAGGCGCGGUUCUAGACCAUCAUGAAUUCACACAGGUGAGAGGAGGGACGCUUCAGGGAAAGCGAAGGCAAACACUCUCUACCUUCCGAUCGAACAUAUCAGUCAUGACAAAUGUGUCCUUGGAGCAAAUAAACCCCAACUAUGCCAAUCCGGACCGCACAGUCUCCCGCCACGACACAUUGUGUCACGUCGGCAGAGCCGACGCCUGGCGGCGUGGUUUCGACGAGACACGAGAUACAUUGCCACUUACGGCUCAGGAACAGGAUCGUCGAAUGUACAGCUUCGCCGGCAAGAUGAUCAAGCGCCAGGAGUCGGUAUCCCGCCGAGAGUUGGUAUUCUGCCGCUUUGAGAGACUCAGCGUCUUCAAUAUCUUGAGGGCCCAGCAUAAGCUUGUGCUUUUGUCCGAGAAACUGCACUACGAUGAGGCAUGCAAUGGAUUUGAUGACCCGUCCUUUGAUGGUCUUGGAGAAUCGUUGCAGGAAUAUGUGCGAGCCAUCGAGAGCUUCCAAGUUCUCGAUAGCAAAAAAGCGCCAGAGCCUUCGUCUGUCAAGCCCAUGGCGGCAAAUCUCGCCCAUAAGCUUCACGAGCCCCAUUACUGGGAUGGACCAGACGCUCUUAACUUGUUUGACAUUGCCGGGGCUCAUGAGGCAUCUGCCCCGCAGGAAAAGGAGAAGUCUUCUAUGGGAAAGCAAGCUGAGUUUUUGCCGCCAAAUGAUGUGACAGUGUUGGAUCAAGUCACAUCCUCGGUUGGCGGCAUGCGUCUCUGGUUCCAGAUGCGGGCUCCAGUAUUUAUGCUGGACCAAGAGGGGGAAAAGCAGCGCUUGCUCCUUAGAAAGAAAGGUCUUGAAGGAGGAAUCGGCAAUGCCGGAACCCGUAGAAUCCUCCAUGAUGCUCAGGCUCGUAUGGGCCCGCUUCAUAUUUCGCCCAAAGUGGACUUCUUCGUCCGUCUUGUUGCAUGUCUGUUUGGAGGGGUGUCUAUUGUUGUCCCCAUGGUUAUACUGUUCAUUGUAAGGCACUCAAACGUAUUGACUCUUAUCUUGACGGUGGUGUUCGUCCUCCUGACAGCCCUCACCCUUGCUGUGCUGUCUAGUGGAACUAUACCGACGUCGUUGGAGUCUUUGUUGGGAGCCACAGCGGCAUAUGCAGCGGUGUUGGUGGUGUUUGUUGGGAAUGCUUCGCUCUCUUCUACCGGUUAA